AUGUUUUCAAAGGUUGUUCUAAUCGCCACCGUACUUGUUGCGGUCACCGCGCAGCCUCAAGGUCACGAGCACCACCACGGCCAUGCCUCCUCCUCACAAAGCAUCAAGCAGCACCACGGGAAAGCAACUGAGAAACACGUCGAGUACUAUUCCCACCCUAAGUACGAGUUCGCGUACAAAGUAGAAGACCCUCACACCGGUGACAAGAAAUCCCAACAUGAGUCUCGUGAUGGUGACGUCGUGAAGGGCGUGUACAGUCUGCACGAGCCCGACGGUACUGUCAGGAUCGUGGAGUACCACGCUGACAAGAAAAGUGGAUUUAACGCUAACGUGAAGCGUGAGGGUCACGCCAAACAUAUAGUUCCUGAAUACCACCACUGA